AUGUCAUCGAAUCCAUACGAGAACGAACCCGGCUUCGAGGAUGCGAACGAGGCUGCGGAUAAGAAGAACCAGCGAGAAUAUGUCCAGAAGAUACGUCAUGAAACCCUGCGCAUAUCUGUCAUACAGCGCCUAGAAGAGUAUCUUAGCAUUGGGGCCGAUGGCACCGUCGCCGCGACCUCCUCAGCUGAGAGGGACGAGUUUGAUGUCGACAUGGACGGCUUAGAUGACUCUAGCGUGCCCUUCGAGCCCUUCAAAGAUCUCUGCAAGCGCCGAUUUCUGUGGUACUAUGAUUCUUACCUCGCCGCAAUUCAGGAAGCGAAGAAGGAAGUCAAGGAUGGACAAGUGUUCGCACGAAUGCCUUUCGAGGGUUCUAACAACACUAUGGAAGGGAAGUUCAAUUACACCGAGCUAGAACGUCGACUCCGUAACAUCAAGAAGGUCCUGGACGACGAGACCGCGAGUUGGGCGGUGGAGGGUAUGGCAGCUAAGACUAAGGAGUCAACUGUCGCCGUGAAUCUGCAACGACAGUAUGAUCAGGUGGUGGAAUCCUUCAAGCGUGAUGACAAGCCUCACAACCUGGAGUUGGAGGAUAAAAAUCCCUUUGUCUGGGCUCUGACGUAUUUCGGGCGACCGAUGACCAACCUGGAUGGAGGUUUAUUCCGUAUCAGGCUUCACUUUAGCCCCCGGUUUCCUGAGGAGCAACCAAGAGUCAAGUUCGAGACACGCGUCUUCCAUCACCGCAUCGCCGCGGACGGAACGCCGUGCUACUUUGCCAACCUCACCCGUCGAGAGGACGUGAAGACACAUAUCGAGGCAAUCAUCGAAUCACUAGAGGAGGAACAUCCCCCGUAUGAUCCGAGAACUCUUGUCAACCCAGAGGCGUUCAAGCUAUACUGGGGCUCCCCCGACGACCGGAAAAAUUAUAAUAGACGACUGCGGAGGACUGUCCAGCAGUCCAUGGAGGACUUCUGA